UCGGCUUGUUGUGAGUUGUCUCGGUGGUUCAACUUCUUCUUCCUGGUGGCUCUAAUGGCGGGCUCCGCGGGUCCGGGUCGGUCCGGUCCGGGACUCUGGUCCUCGGCGCUGCUGCUGCUGCUGCUGGCGGCGCUGUGGGCUCCGGUGGUGUCGGUGUCGGAACCGGGGAAGUGGAUCGUGGACGUGGACAGCGAAUCUCUGAAGAAGCAGAACUUGUUCUUCUUCACUAAAACUCUGUUCAAUGGGAGCUUCGUCCACCUCAAAGUUAUUGCAGAUAAGUGUAACUCGUCGUCUCCGGUGAGUCUGAACGUCUCGUGGUAUCUGAGGAACUCUCACUGCUACGACGAAGUCUUCAGCCUCAACUCUACGCGGAUUGUAGAGUACUUCAGGUCGACGAAAGUGAAAGCAGACGGAGGAAGUGGUUUCUUCGUUUUCCACCAGUAUCCACGCAUCGUCUGCAAGGAGCACAUGGAUCCUCAUGUGUUCAGUCUGGACACCUUCGAUGAGAAAACCCGACUGACUGAAGCUCUGAAGCAGCAACAGCCAGCCACUGAGGAAACUUCAGGGAGGAAAAGGAGAGACGCUCCGAAACCAAAGGCUCCUGCAGGAGAGAAGAACCCUGCACCAGUAACUAAAGAAGAAACUAAAGCAACUAAAGAAGAACCUAAACCAGAAACUAAAAAAGAACCUAAACCAGAAACUAAAAAAGUAACUAAACCAGAAAAUAAAGAAGAAACUAAAGAAGAAACUAAAGACGCUGCCGUCCCUGCUGCGAUAAAGCCGGCUGCUCAUCCUCAUUUCGACGCUGUGGCUCAGAGCUGGGAGGACGGACCCUACAUGUUCAUCCUCAGCAUCAAAGAGAUCAAAGACAAGAGCCGAGUGACGACGGAGGGCACCACCAACCCAUGGAGUCUACAGCUUCAGAUCAGCAUGGACCAGGAGACUCAUCAGUUCAUAUCAGCCUCUGAGUGGCCUCUGAUGGUGUUCUACAUGGUGAUGUGCAUCGUCUACGUCCUGCUAGCCGUCCUCUGGCUGGUCCUGUCCGCCUGCUACUGGAGGGAUCUGCUCCGGAUCCAGUUCUGGAUCGGAGGCGUCAUCUUCCUGGGAAUGAUCGAGAAGGCCGUCUACUAUGCCGAGUUCCAGAGCAUCAGAUACGACGGCCAGUCGGUCCAGGGGGCGGUGGUGUUUGCUGAGGUGCUGUCGGCCGUGAAGAGGACUCUGGCCAGAGUGUUGGUGAUCAUCGCCAGUCUGGGAUACGGAAUCGUCAAACCCAGACUGGGAGCUCUGCUACACAGAGUGGUUGGAGUCGGACUGCUCUACCUGAUCUUCUCCAUCGUGGAGGGAAUCCUCCGAGUCAACGCUUGUUAUUGUGUGUCUCUCCAGGGUCGAGGCGAUAACACCAGCAGCAGGAUUCUGUGUGACAUCAUUCUGGCCUUCACUGACUCCUGUGUUGUCUGGUGGAUCUUCGUGAGUCUGGCCCAGACGAUGAAGCUGCUGAGGCUGAGGAGGAACGUGGUGAAGCUGUCGCUCUACAGACAUUUCACCAACACCCUCAUCUUCGCCGUCAUCGCUUCGGUCAUCUUCAUCAUCUGGACCACGAAGACCUUCAGGAUGUCCAGGUGUCAUUCGGACUGGAGGGAGCUGUGGAUCGACGACGCUUUCUGGCGCUUCCUGUUCUCCACCAUCCUAUUGGUCAUCAUGUUCCUAUGGCGACCAUCGGCCAGCAACCAGAGAUACGCCUUCAGUCCUCUGGUGGACGAGGAGAGUGAAGAUGAGGAGAAGGAGCCGAUGAUGAACGAAGCUUUCGAGGGGAUGAAGAUGAGGGGGACGAAGAAUGAGACCAACGGUACAGUGAAGCCCAACAAGGUGGAUGAGGAUCUGAAAUGGGUGGAGGAGAACAUCCCUUCAUCGAUGGCGGACGUCGCCCUGCCGCCCCUGCUGGACUCAGACGAGGAAACCAUGACGACCAAGUUUGAGAUGUCCAAGAUGGAGUAGAGGAUCUAAAGUUGUUUAAAGUGACGGAUGAAGGAGGGAAGUAGAGGAGAAGUUUUGUGAUUUAACCCCUGACUUUCUGAGCUUUGUAAGCCUUGAUUGUACAGAAAUGGGAGCAGAAGGGAUCACAGCGGCUCUCUGGUCCUUUUACUUUUAUUUUUAUGGCCUGUUUGUAUUUAAAUCUCUGAGUUUAUGAAUCUAUAAAUCUCUACAGUAUAUUUUGACAGGUUGGACUCGUUGCCUUUUCACCGUUUACAUGCAGAGGAGCUUUUUUGAAUCAUUUUUAAAGUUCUUUUUUGUGUUUUCUGUCAGAACUUCUUCGUCCUGUAAAAACCAAAGUUGUGAAUCAGGAGGUAAAAUGUGAACCAAGUAUUAGGUUUUUUUUCCAGAUUAUUUCGGUGCAGUUCGAACCUUUACUCAUAAAUUCUGGUUGUAAACUUCCAGAUGUUUCCCACAAACUUCCCCUCUUUAGUUUGGUGACUUUUUGGAGUUAAAAAAAUCCAGAUUUGACCAAGCUUCUGAUGAGGUUUCUUCACUUUCACCAAUUUUUUUUGUUUUUUUUUCUUGCUUGAAGCAUCUCUAAAGCUCACAAAGGUUCACAGAAAGAAUCAACCCAAUAAUCCACCUUCUGUUCCACUGAGGGGAAACUUUUGCAUUUUUGACUUUUGCUGCAGCAUCAAAUGAGAAAAAAAUGACACAAAAUGACAUAAAAUGAGAGGAAUGAGACAUGAAAUGAGAAAAAUUAGACACAAAGGGACACAAAACCAGAAAAACAAGACACAAUGACACAAAAUGAGAAAAAUGAGACAUGAAAUGAGAAAAAUGAGACACGAAAUGAGAAAAAUGAGACGCAAAAUGAGAAAAAUGAGAACAUGCCACAACAUGAGAAAAAUGAAACUCAAAAUGAUACAAAAUGAGAACAAGACACAAAUGACACAAAAUGAGAAAAAUGAGACAACAUAAGACAAUAUGAGAAAAAUGACAAAAUGAGAAAAAUUAGAGAAAAUGAGAAAAAUGAGGCACAAAAUGACAAAAUUAGAAAAACAAGACAAGUAAUGACACAAAAUGAGAAAAAUGAGACACAAAAUGACGCAUAUCUAAACAAAAAUGAGAUGUAAUACCACAAAAUGACUCAAAUUGAGAAAAACAAAACUAAAUGACACAAAACAAGACAAAAUUAUAUUAAAUGAGAAAAAUGUGAUGCAAAAUGACACAAAAUGAGAAAAAUGAGACAACUUCUGCAUUUUUGACUUUUGCUGCAGCAUCUCAACAAGUAAUAAAUGGAAUUCACUGUUUGUGGACAUUUAAGAAGAACCAGAGAAUUUAUACUUAAAAAUCACUCAUACAACAAUGAAAAUAGUUGCAGAACAAGUUAAAAGUUGACGACUGAUUAAUAUUCAAACUAAACAUUAACGGGUUUGAAAGACAUUUUAUCUUUAGAAAUAUCACCAAAAUGACAUCAGAUUUUCAACUUUCCAACAGUCCUUGAAUGCACCACGUGUGGGGAAAAGUCAGACGUGAGCUGAAAUUAUAAAAUUCAUCAAAAUCACUUUAUUCUGCUUGCGUCAUUCAUAAAUUUGCCAAAAAAAUCAAGCGUUUGCACUGAAAAGACAAAAAGUCAGAGUUUUAGGUUGAAUUGCAGGCAGUGUUUCCACAGGCCGCGUUUUCUCUUUCAAAAUAAAGGUCUAGAUUACCCGGUCGACCAACCAGGAACAGUAGAAACACAAUGAGUGUGUGACUUUAAAAGAUAGAAAGUUUCAGAUUUUUGUCAUUAAUAACUGAAAUAAACUUAAACUAAUUUAAUGUGAGGAAAAAAACCUGCUGGAAGUGAAAAAAAAAUGUUGGGAAAUAUGUGAUACAAGAAGCUCAAAUUUCACGGAUAUCUUUAUAAAUAUUUAUAUUUUAUGGUGCGAAAUCAGAUAAAUCAGAUGUUGAGGAGAAGCCGUUCUAAUAAAUCUGAGAUGUUUAAAGAAGAAUCAUCAGUUUUCUGUUUGUGUUUAAAAGUCGUGUUGUUGGUUUGAAGUCUCAGCGUCUCACUUCUGUUAAACACCGUCGCUGCUGCUUGGUUUGUAAAUACACCAGUUGAUAAUAAAAACCUGGAAAGUCAA